AUGUUUGCGAAGGUCCAGUUAGAAUUCUAUACCACGAGCUAUUCUCCCCGCAAGGUCUUCCAGUCCCAUUGUGUGACGCACGCCACCCAGUGCAACGAAGCGCCUCGCCUCGACGGGGGGAACCCUGUCCCCCACCAACGCAUCGCCUCGCGGUUUCUCUAUCGCAGAGCCUCGCCGCGCGCGCCCCGCCGUAUCGCGAACGCAGGGCCCUCCGCCCUCCCUCCCGGCUUCGGCGACACGCGGCAGCGAUCGCGCCUUGAAAAGCGCCCGCGCGCCGUUCCUGGGCGACACAACUCGCCCGGCCGCUUCUCGCCCGCCGCUCGCCGCUCGCCAAGCUCCUCCUCCGCUCCGCCCGAGAUGCGUCCGCUGGUCGCCCUGGCGCUGCUGGCGCUGGUGGUUGGGCUGUGCGCCGCCGCGCGCCGCUCGUCCCCGCGAAGGGCUCCACCCAACGACAUCAAGAACUGCAACGUAUACCCCGGCGAUCCAGACAGCAGCAGCAGCAGCAGUAGCAGCAGCAGCAGCAGUAGCAGCAGCAGCAGUAGCAGCAGCAGUAGUAGCAGCAGCGGCAGCGGCGAAGAUAAUGGCGGCCUGCAGAACGAGGGGAUGCCCUGCCCGGAAGUCGACGUCAGCCAGUGCCACAGCGGGAGGCUCACGCAGUGCGGGAGGUGCCAGGCGUGCCUCGUCUACUUGGAGAGGAAAGAGCGUUGCAAGUUCCCGUAUCCCACCAACGCCAAAUGCGGGCCACAGUUCGUGUGCUACACCCGAGGCACCUGCGAUUACCCCGUCUGAGGAGGACCCCACACCGCUGGUUCCACUCCGCCUGUUCACCUCUCAGGGACCAGGAAGCGUCCGGAACGAUCUGAACGAGACAAGUGACACUCUUUGGUUGUGAACUAUUAAACAGUUAUGUUAAAAAAUUCCAUAUGCGAGCUUAAGUUGAUUUUCUUUUCUUGACACUUAGUGUAAUAGAACGUUAAAAUACACUCAUUUGAAUUGUGAUAUUUAUUUUGUAUUAAGUGUAUUUCCUCUUCCAAUUUAUUAGUUUCAUAUAAUCUGAAAUCGCAUAAAUAUAAGAAUAUCUUACAUUUUUAAGUUUGCUAACAUGAUUUUUAUACAGUGAAAUAUUAGUAUGUUCGAACUCUAAACUUUUCCAUAACCUGAGUUUUAAGAUCUAACAGCUUUUUUUCUUUUAUUGGUGACUUAAUCAUAAAAAUGUGAUCACGGUAAUAUACAAUUAUAUUAUUUUAUUUUGUCAAUGAAAUGGUUGAGUAUACGACAAUUUCGAGAAAAAAACAUCUGUUUACUUCUAAAUGAUAUUUAUAUAUCUCUUUCUGUUUCGAAAUUCAAUCAGCAUUUUUAUUUUAUUACAAAAUACUUUUCACUGCAAUUUAAUUGAAAAAUAUAUGGUAAAAAGUAAUUAUCAGCAUCAUAAGCGUAACAAUUCGUUAGGACUCGUUGAUAAAGUUUUAAAGGAAUUUUAUGAUUGACACGGGGUGUCGCCUCCCCUUAGCCGACGGUCUCAGUUUUCGUGAUCGCUGAUGUAGCCUCUUGAUGGCGGCUUCUCAGUUUUUACACGCGAAACUCAGCGCAUCUCUUUCUAGUCUUAAAGCUAAAUUGAAUAUCCCGCCCUGGAACCAGGCCUCAGAAUCCCAGAUACGGAGCUCUAGAUUGCCUACACUUAGAAAAUUAGCUUUUUUUAAUGUGUGUUUUUUAUUAUAAUAAGAUCUGGAUAUUUGUUUCGAAAAAUAAUGACAAUCAAGGGAAAACGCUAAAUGUAUAAAGAACUUAUUGGGAGAAAUAAUUAGUUUAGUAACUAUUUCAUAAAUGAGUAACAUAUUUCGCAUUUUGUAGUUUGAAAGAAAAUGUUCAUGGUCUUGUGGGAAAAUGUAAUUCAAUUAAUUAGUUCAGUAAUUUAAAUUCAGAGCGAAAAUAACAUAACUCACUUUUAGGAAACGCCCCUAUAAGAAUAGUUCCACUGUUCAGUCACUCACCUGAAACAAAAGAAGAACAAUAAAUUUACAAUCAUGAAUGAUGUAAAAAUUUUCUUAGUCUUAAUCUAUUUGUAGGUAAUAACUAUACACGUUUUCCAUGUUUAAUUAAUGAGUGCUACAUUCUACAUACAAAUAUUUAAAAUCUGAAAAGAAAUUAUAUUAAAUAACAAUUAUUCUCAAGUUUUAUAUGUUCAUUUCACCAAGAUACCUUCGCAAAACCACGAAAAUGAAUGUUAUUAGAAUCACUCUUAUCCAAGAUAAAAUCAGAAACGAUUCAUUUCGUAAAUUUCCAAAUCACAUCCCCAUGUUUUUAUACUUUACAGUGUACACCGCCAAUAUGAAUAUGAAAGUAUUAUUUUGCUGUCAUGAAAUCUGUGGCAGAGUAUUUUCUCUAAAUUCAUAUUUUUUUACCUCUUUACACUUUUAUAUCACUACAUCUACUAUAACUUUACAAAAACAUAAACCUAUUUGCCUAGCAGAUACCUAUUUGCCUAGGUCUUUAUCACCUUUCGCGGGAGAUGAGGUUAGUGAUAUGGCAAUAAUAAAAGAUGAUCUUUGGGUGAUAAGUACGUAUAAAUAAUGAUUGAGCAAAGCUGAAAUGAAAGGAUCGAACCUAAACUAACCUCGUAAAAAUAUUUCGCAAACACUUUUUGUUCAUCAAUUCUAUUGGUUCGGAUGAGAAUGGUCCGAAUGCGGGCAGGCUAACAACACCAUGAGGCGCCUCAAUGUUUAGCAAUGAUUUUUAAAAAUUAAUAACAAGCAAUACAGAAAAGUACAUCAGAAUUAAAAUAUGUUAUCUUUGUACGAAAGUAGAUCAUCGCAUUAAUAUUCAUUACACUCAUUACAAGUUCAUAUGCAGGGGCUAUUUAAUAGGGAAAUUUAUUUUCAAGAACAAAGUAAAGGCAAUUAAAUGUUUGAUGAACUUCGAUGAAAACAUUUCCCAUUAUUUCUUUUAUUAGAGCCCCAGUAAAGUGCGGGAAGUAGAUAAUUACACUUCAUAUAAAAUAGAAGCGUCGUAUGAAAAGUAAAGAAAUAAGUUACUUUACAAUGUUAUAUCUUUAAUGUAGACGUUUGAAGAGAACUUACUCGCUCCAAGAACCUACGCAGUUCUUGUCUACUUUUCCGCUCUCAGGUAAUUAACAAUAUUCGAAAAGAUAUUAUUUGUUCUUCUUUUUCUUUAUAAGUAUUGAAUUUGCUUACUUUAUCAUUGGUAUCAAGAAGUGAGUGAAAAGAUGUAUACGCACACUGGUGCAUUUGCGAUACAGAGCAGUAUAACAACUGUCUUCAUUGGAAUUCUAGAGACAAAGAUCAGAGUUGUGUGGUAAAUACUCAGCAAUAAGUAUCACAUAUUUCUCAAAGAUUUUCUCAAAGACAUCGUAACAGCAAGCAAUAAAAUUAAU